AUGCUGUCGUCGCUCCAGAUGAUUCCGCGUACGCUGCGCGCCACGCCCGCCAUUGCGCGUGCUGCCCCCGCCAUGCGCAUGCAGGCCGCUCGCAUGCCUGCUACGCUCCCUUCGUUCGCCCGCGGCUACGCUUCGGGUGGCGGUCUGACCCAGGAGCAGAUCCAGCAGCGCAUCACCGACGUGAUCAAGAGCUUUGAGAAGGUUGACCCCUCGACGAUCACUCCUACUGCCUCGUUCACCGGUGACCUCGGUCUUGACAGCCUCGACUCGGUCGAGGUUGUGAUGGCCAUCGAGGAGGAGUUCAACAUUGAAAUCCCCGACGCGGAGGCCGACAACAUCACCACUGUCAACCAGGCCGUGGACUACAUCGCGCACACCCCGGAUGCGAUAUAA